AUGUUCAUUCCCGAUGAACGGAGUUGCUUUUCGUCUUUCCCUCGGCGAUUUUCGGAGAUGCGAAAUCUAACCAACUUCUACCACUACUACCACUACCACUUUUACGAUCUUAAUCGAUCUUCGAGUUUCAAGUCGAACUACACAACUAUCUACAUAAUGGCUUCUCCCAUUUCUACCCGUCCUGCUCGUCCUACUGUCAUCACUCCCUCCACCUUCACCCAGGACAUCUCCCGUGCUAUCAUGGCCUCCACUCAAGCUCCUAAAUAUUCGGCUGCCAUCGAUACCAACCCUCACUCUCUCGAGUACCCUCCUCCCCCUCCUCCCUCUCCGGUCGGUUUCCGGACUCAACCAUUCUGGGAGUUGAGAGGACACAACUAA